AUUGAAGCAAGGAAACCCAUUCAAGUAGCUGACUAUUGUACUGAAGCUCCUGGAAAAAUAAAGCAAUGGUCCUGCCUGGUUUAUAUGUAUGUGUGGUCAUAUUGUUGCACCAAUCCAGGAUAAAGGCUGAGGGUGAUAUCGAUGUUCUGAUGACCACCAAUCCUGAUCAGCAACAGGAGAUAGUGGACAUGCACAAUAGCUUACGCAGAGCAGUGGACCCACCAGCCAGAAACAUGCUGAAAAUGGAAUGGAACGAUCAGCUAGCAAAAAAUUCACAAAAAUGGGCAAACAAAUGCGCUCUGGAUCACAGUUCAAAAUCAAGCAGAAAGAUGAAUGGCACAAACUCUGGAGAAAACCUCUACAUGUCAACUGCACCAAACUCAUGGUCUAAGGCCAUUCAGGCAUGGUAUGAUGAAGUCCAUGAUUUUGAACAUGGUUAUGGAGCAAUAUGGCAAGAUGCAGUUGUUGGCCAUUACACUCAGGUGGUUUGGUAUCUUUCUUAUAAGGUGGGAUGUGCUGUAGCCAAAUGCCCUAAUAAAAAAUACACGUACUAUUAUGUUUGCCAGUACAGUCCUGCAGGGAACAGGAAAGACCUUAUGCACACCCCCUAUGCAGAAGGAAAACCGUGUGAGGAUUGCCCGAAGAAUUGCGAUGACGGAUUAUGCACCAAUCCAUGCACAGAAAAGGAUAUGUACAGUAACUGUCCACAGUUAAAGGAAGAAUGGGGAUGCGAAAUUUCUCUAAUGUCAAACUGCAAGGCUUCUUGUAAAUGUACCACAGAGAUAAAAUAAGGAUCCAGUCAAUUACUCAUCCAAAUUAACACUUUUGAUUUAAACUAUGACAUUAAUACUUGGUUAAAUUAGCCUGUCAUACAGCUUUGAGCAUCACUGAGCAAAGCCUGUACUCUUCUACAGGAGAAAAUAGUUUCAUUAGGAAAUCGUAUCUAACAUAUUUUUUAAGCCUUUUCACAGAUUUCUAAGGUGUCUUUUUUAAAUCAACUUUAUCUAUCAAACUUUUUUCUGAUUUGUACCUACAUUUAAUAAUUAAUAA